AUGUCUUCAUCGUCUAGUUUAGAGAGAGAGAUAGACGACUACCUGGACGGCUCUGAGAGUGAGGGUAGUAUAGGUAGUUCGUCCUGUAGUGAUUCCUCAGACGAGCAUUACUCGUCUGGGGUUCCUGGCAUUCCUUUAGAGGAAUUUCAGGAACAACGACGUAGGGCAGCUUCUGGAUCUAAGGCUAGUUCGUCCAGAGAGCCAUCUAGUCCUCCUCAAGACGAGGAGGAGGACGAAGAGGAUGUAAUCUAUAGCUGUGCCCCAGAGGUAGCAUCCACCUUAGACGGCGCUAAGUUAAAAACUCUUGUAGAUAGAUACCAAAUCCCUAAAGAGCUUAACCCUCGUCUACCCCAGCCUGGUGAAUGGUGUUGUUCCCCUUCCUCUGGCUUAGGGGUAUAUACUUCUUACCUAUUAGCUGGCCUUAGGUUUCCCUUAAACUCUUUCUGCAGAGAACUCCUCCAAAGGUUGGGUAUUGGGCCAAACCAGCUCAACCCCAAUGGCUGGAGGACGAUUGUUGCCAUGCAAGUAUUAUGGCGUGAGGCAUUGGAAGGGAACCAUCCAAUUACAGUGGACGAGUUCCUUUACUGCUAUAAGCCCUCAGAGAUCAAAAAAUCUGCUGGGUUCUACCAGUUUUCGUCCAGAGCUGUUGUUCGUCCACGCUUGGACAAGUUUUCCUUGGACCGGAUAGACGUGGUUCGCACCUUUCCAGGAAGGACUUUCCACGACUUAGUUACUCUUAGUCGUCUAGCAACUUGGGGACUUGGUCCACUUCCUACGGCUGAGAACCUAAGUCACGAGGAGGUCACUCGUCGAAGGAUAAGCACAAUGAGGGAAAACAAGGAAAAAACAGUGGCUAGCGGGGACGAGGAUGUUGCUGCUCCAACUCCCAAAGUGGCUUCCGUCCAGGCUGGGAAGAGGAAGUCCAAGGGUAUUUCAAGCAAUGUGGACCUGGACGACCUUCCCAGUCGUCGUGGCCACAAGAAGCAAAAACCAAGUAAGAAUUCCCUUCCCAAGGUUCCAAAGUUCGUACCACCAACAGUGAACUUGGACGAGCCUGUGGACGUGGAGCCCGUCCAAAUAGUUCAUCCUGUCCAGUCUGAUCCUCCUCCUGCUCCCAAAACUUCUUACAAGCCUAGCCCGUCUGAGCCUUCUGAUCGUCCCUCUAAUUUGGUUCUGGACGAGGGUUAUGCAUGGAGGACGUUCAAAGGGAUCGUCACUGAUCAUGAAGUUAACGAAUGUUACAACAUGUCAGUGAAGGAGUUUGAGCGUUCUGGCAUCCAUGACCUUUUCAAGGCUAUGUCAAAGUUUUAUACAGCGACUUGCCAGGCCAAGGAGCUUGCUACAGAGGCCAAGACUGCCAAGGAUAAGGCUAAGGAGCUAAGCCAUGAGGUCUUAUCCAAGAAGGGGGAGGUCAUUAGGUUGACCGAGGACUUUAAUCGUCUGCUGGGAAGCGAGACGAAGCUGAAGAACGAUGUUGAGGAGCUCAAAGCUGACAACUUAGAGAAGGAUACCCGCAUCGUCCAUCUAGAAGGACAAGUUGCAGAGCUUACCUCGUCCUUGGAGAAGGCACGUGAAGAAGCAAUUGCUGCUUUUAAGAAGUCUGACGAGUAUAAGAAUCGUCUAGACAGUCAUUAUGCAGCUGGUUAUGAAGACUUCCGUGCUGAUGCCAAAGACGCGUAUCCUGAUUUGGACUUUAACUCGUUCAAGCUUCCUCUUGCUACAGAGAGUUCUGUGUUGCAGACGAGUUCCGAGGACGUCAACAUCAUGGACGAUGCUAACACUGAAGUUACUCAGGACGAACCCAAGUGAAGUCUAUUUCCUUAGAGAAUUUGUUUUUAUUUGCUUUUCAUGGAAGUGCCCGUUGUUUUGGGCUUUUUACUUCUCUUUUUUUUUUUAAUUUUAAAGCUCAUGCAAGUACAAUCAUCUCGUCCAGGAUUGUGGACGAGCUUUAUAUACAUUCAAAACUAAAUGGGUUUUUGGACGUUGGUCGUCCACCCUUUAAAUGAAAGAAAUGAAUAAUUCUAUUUUCA